UCUAAUUUUUUUACAACUGAAAUUACUUACAGUACAAGUUUUUAAUUUUCAGAUAUACCUAAACUAGCUUUUCCAGUAAUCUUUUUCUGUUUUUCUUCGACUCUUCGUACGAUAUGAUCGAUAGACGUUUGUUAGAGCGAGUGUUUGUUGUCCGAAGUUAGAACUGGAAAGUAUUCCACUCGGGACAUUUUGGCCAUCGUAUUCGCUCGAUGCAGAUAUAUCGGGGAAAGACACGUACGGGUGCUGGAAUACUCUGGUUGUUCUUGAUGCCUUAUGGUCGGUUUGGAUCAUUUAUUUGGACUUUGUGAUAAAUUAAUAACCAGGAAUGCGUCGUUUGUGGUUGACUUCGAUGAUUACUGAAUGGUCUUGAAACGCUGGAUUCCAGUGGGAAAUCCGGAGACUCUUUCCAAGUCACUGCAUCCAUUAUUUGGAUUCCAAUUGACGUCGAAAGCGGUCUUUGCUCGUCAGCUGGCUCUGACGGCAACCAGAGAAAACUACGUCGCGAAAUCCUCGGAGUUCCUGUCGUUUCCCGUAGAGAUACUUUCUACGAAAUCGAAUGUUAAUUGGCUGACAUUCAUCCAGCAACGCGGUUUUUCGACGACUCCAUCUCCGAUCGCUCAACGUGCCCAAAUGCCAGACAAUACUGAAACACCUGUGGUAUACAACGUCGAAUUCGAGGUCUUCGGAUUAGUGCAGGGUGUUUUCUUUCGGAAAUACACCCAACGCCACGCACAGGAGUUGGGUCUGACGGGAUGGGUGCAGAACACACCGCGCGACACCGUGAUCGGUCAGCUGCAGGGCAGCAAAGAAGCGGUGGAGAAGAUGAAGGAGUGGCUGUCGCGCACGGGGAGUCCGCACAGCAAGAUCGACAAGUGCGAAUUCCGCGGGGAAGGUCCCGUUAGCAAGAAAAGCUUCACGACCUUCGAUGUGCGCCACUGAUUGAGAGCGACCGCUGGCCAGUGUCCGGCCGUACCUCAUAUAAAGGAGUAUUUCAAACCUGAACUGUGUUUCCUGUCAUUAGUUGAGUGGGCUUGUUGUAAAUCAAAGUUCCGGUGUCUUCUUCGCAGAAUUCUGACAGUAGCAAAAUUGCUUUGUGAUGUUCAUGUGUGCAUAUAUAUAUGAACACAAUUUCUGCAGCUUAUCACGCGGAGACAAAAAGUAAUAGUGUGAAGAAAGAUCCUGCA